AUGUUUGCUAGGAAUCGUAUUGUCCUGGAAGUUCACGAUGAUUCUUGAAUCUUCGUUGUUGUUGCAAAUUAUUUUUGCUAGGGUUCGGUAGAUAUAUUUUGAUAUGACCUGGCACAAAGAUGGAUAACUCAGCAGAGCUUCAGACAUUUAAGAUCGUGAUCAUAGGAGACAGCUACACUGGCAAAACAAGCUUGGCCUAUCGCUUGUGUACUGGGAAAUUUUAUGAAAAACUUGAGACAACGAUUGGUGUUGAUUUCUUUCAGAAAAUUGUCAACAUUAACGACGAACGGGUCAAGGUAAGUGGAGAACUUUAGCAAAUUAAAAAUAUUGAAUGUGUGAGUAUGUAUGCGGCCAUUGAAGCAUGAUAAAUUAUUGGGCAUUCGCAUUGGUCAUCAAGGUCAUGGCAUUUUUGCGGUUGAGUAUCAUUGAUACAAUCAUAAAUACACGUCUUAUUUUGCAUCCGGUGCAUUCCCUAGUCACUACAUCACGAAGAGUAGACACAAAUAAACACGUAUUUUUUAAUUUAUGAAUUACAAUCCCAACAAGAUGAUAACAUGAUCUAGUAAAGCCAAAAAGGUUUGGGCAGAGGGGCUCAGGGGGGACAGGGGCACCGGAGGCAGGUUUAAUAGUUAGGAAAAACACAGGAAAUGGUGCUGGAAAGACCUUUGAAAUGCAAAUUUUCCCUAGUGCUCAGAGCCUGCUCAGUACCUGUAAAUUUUACAUCGUACCAUAUCAUAUCACAAUAUUUUCGAAGCCAGUAGAAAAAAAAUCUUCAUCUAACUCACCUCUGUUCACCAGAGCCACUACUAAGUUGAGAUGGCAGGGGGUGCUGGGGGCAGCUCAAAAGGACUGCUGCCACACAAAAAUCCGAUGAAGGCCCUUAAUUAAAAUGUUUUAAUUGAUGCAAAACUGACUGACCCAGGCAUCGAUAAAAUGUGUGAGCGUCCAAGCGCCGCUCGCAGGCACCUUUUACAUUUUUGCAGGCACAUUUUAAAAUACUGACAUUUUAACAAUAUUUAGGUCACAAAAUCUAAAUAAGAUGUGUUUUUGCAGGCACAUUUUGAAUUUCGCUUGCAGGCACGAAAAAAUGUUAUCAAGGCCUGGAAUGACCUCAAUAUAAAUCCUAGCUGCGUCAUUGCAUGGCAGAUAAAUAAAUAUGCAAUGAAGUGUAAUAUAUACAAACCAAAUAUAAACCACUGCUUCUUCCUUAUUUCAAUUAUGACAUCAUAGGGCCCCUGGAAAAAUUUCAUGACAUUAUCUGGCCCCUAGUUUUGUACCAGGCUCCGCACAACCUCUUGGAGGCCCUCAUUUAAAGAUCGGCCCUUGGCGGCCAUAAUUUAAAGAUCUAAUGUUUGUAGACCUUGUUCGAAGCAUUCUCCUGGUUUCAGUGGAAGUAUAUAGUCAUAUAGGUGAGGCUUUGAGUUACUGGUAUGCCACUGGUCUGAGUGUAACUGUCUAUAGAUUUUGUUGGCUUGGCUAGUCCACCAUCUGGCCGUACUGUACGUACAGUAUGUUCAUUAUUCCCAACUCAGUUUGGGUGGUUUUGCUGAGGAAGUGAGUUUAAUUUAUUCCUCAUUUCACCCAGGUUUAAUACACCUGCUCCAAUAUAUUGUUCAGCUUGUACAUCCACAGCAUCUAACCUGGCUUACUGGUUACUUUUCUGUCUUGUUUAAUCCAGCUCUGCAUAUAUACGUCUGAUAGAAAAUGGUUUCCAGUGCAGGAAAAAAUGAUUUUCUUCCUGGAGCACAACCUGUCCAGAGACAAAAAUUUCCUGCAGACUUAAAUGGAGUAUUUUUGUGCUAAAUCUGCAUGUACAGUGCAUAAACAUAUAGUGUUCUAGCUGACCAUGGUUUUAAAUUCAAGGAAUAAUGUCUGUCAACCAUAUGUUGUUUGCGCCCAUAUCGGGACAUGGGUGUUACUUGGUUUCCUUCAAAUUUUCAAUUUCUCCCCACUCACCCUCGGUACACUAUAGGGUCAUCAUGAAGCUACGGGAACAGGUAAAUGGUUGAAUAUAACAGUGAAACACAAUAAAAGAAUGAGUCACAAACACUUAAAUCAGACCUGCCAACUCUCACGAUUCCACCGUGUGUCACACGAUUUUUGUACAUUUCUCAUGGUCUCACAACAUCACUCAGUUUUCUCAUGAUUUUAAUUCUUUAUUUCAUUUCUUGCAAUUUACUUUGUUACCUCUACUUUAGUUUGAUACUAAGAUUUUAUUCAGACAGAAAUUACUUGUUUAUAAUUCUUAAAUUCCAGGAUUUUUCAUUUUCAUUCGUUGAAGUAAAGUUAAGUCAGAAAUUCCGAAAAAAUACGUUAGUUUCGGGCGAGAAGGUGCAGUUAGUUUUUGAUAAUUUUUUGCAGGCUAAUGAAUAAAUUACAUAAAUUACAAAAAUGCAUCACAUCCCGCUAUUUAAAUACAACAUAGCGUCAAUGAAGUUCUUAUUCAACAGUUUUUCCUACUGUAUUCAUAAACGUAUUGUAAAUGUUAAAUACAGUCAAAUUAAUUCAUUCUCACUACUUUUUGUGAAAUCUCCAGAUUUUUUGUCACUAGAGAAGAAAAUCUCCAGAUUUUUUACUCUGACUCUCAAGUUGGCAGGUCUGCUUAAAUGGAAGUCAAUCACAAAACAUGUUAAUUUUAGCUUCGUGUUUACUGUAAGUGUAUGCCAUUCUGACAAUAACAAAGUGAAACAUUCUCUCCUAGAUUCAAGUGUGGGAUUCUGCUGGUCAAGAAAGAUUUCGUAAAAGUAUGACUGUUCAUUACUACAGAAAUGUUGAUGCCAUUGUGUUUGUAUAUGAUAUCACAAGGUUUGUAAUUUCUUUUUACUGAAAUACUGGGUAAUUAUAAUCAAUGACAUCUAAAUACUUUCUUUAAUAGUCUCCAAAUUGAAAGAAGUUAAAUUUUUGACUGGGUGUAAUAAACUUCUUUAAUAACUUAUAGAGCUGCCAUAGGGUUUGUCCUGCAAUCUUAUGAAUGAUCGAAUGAAUGUACUUAAUUUGGCCUCAAGUUUCUGUUAAAAUAGCCAAAUAUGGAUAUCCAAAUUUAAGAGAUCAUACAUAGAACUUUGUGAUGAUAUGUGCUUGCAAAAUUAUAAGUCAGAUCAUUGCUCAGAGUUUAUAUAACAUUGAAAAACACAUUCAGUCAUAUUCUGUGUCGUUAUUUCUCGCUACCCAGGAGGUCGAUAUUGUAGAGAUUCAACCUUUUGAUGAAUAAAGACCAAUAGGCAAUAAAGUUUGCUUGAACCGUAGGGUCUCUCUCUUUUCUCUGAUUCUCUCUGCAUGUUAGUGUGAAUCUAACAAAUUUAAGCAGGGGCCACAGAACCGGGGGACAAUGGGGGCAUGUGCCCCCCACUUUUUUAAAAGUGAAUAAAGUGCCCUUUUUCUGGGCGGAAGUGCCCCAUUUAAAGAACGAAAAAGGUAUUUCUUGAAUGAACGCCCUCUUUUGCUGGAAAGAAAGUGCCCUUUUUGCAGUAGUAAAGACUCUGUAAAGGCCAUUUCCGAGGUUAUAAAGACUCCAUAUUUUCAAAAAAUUUCGUUCGGCUCGUGAACAACGUAAAAUCGUUUGAUUUUGAUCAUGUACAAAAGUGCCCCUUUUGGCCGAUGCCCCUCCACUUUCGAAAUACUUCCGCGGCCUCUGAAUUCAAGGCAAUAAUUAUCUUUAUCCUGUUUGAAACGUGCUGGGGGUGGUUUGUUCAUUACCACCUCACAGCAGGGCCAGGGAUUGAGAGGAUUCCACUUACUCUUAAACAACAUGGUGGAGGAAUAAUUUUUUUAUCUUUCUUUACCAUAUAGUGAACCAUCAUUUCAGAGUUUAACACUAUGGGUUGAAGAAUAUAAACAUUAUACAAUUCCAGAUAAAGUUGUCAAAAUUUUGAUUGGAACUAAAAGCGACUUAACAGAAUCAAAGAGAGUGGAGACCAAUGUUGCUAGGAAAUUUGCUGAACAAUAUGGUAUGCCAUUUUACGAAGUAUCGAGUAAGAAUGAUGGUGAUAAGCAAACUAUUGAGACAAUAUUUUCAUCAGUAGCUGAAAAAUUGCAGAAAGAGAAACCAGUUGUUUUAAAAAGAGCAAGGGUUCUCAACAAGUCAGGUAGUCUUCAAUCAAGAGGUUCUGAGAAAAGUGCGACUUUAGAGAAAAAUGUGACAUUAAAAGAUGAGAAAGAAAAACUGGAGAAGGAAAAGAAAAAAUGUUGUGGUUCGGGAUCAUAGCAUUUAAAUCAGGAUCUUGAAAAUGUUAGCCUGCUCAGAAGAAGGUCCGUACAGUGUGCAACUCUUAUGAUAGAAAAUUGAAAAUCUAGCUCAACAAACCAUUAUUUUGUUUAAGCUAGGAGCAGUUAUAUCCUUAUUUUCACAAUAUUAAAUACGCACAACUACAACAUUCAAAAUCAAACUGCUGCAUACCAAUCGAGAUAUGGUCUGGAGACUCGGGCCUCACUUGGCAAACAUCAAAGGUAAUGCGCGCCUAUAUCAUUGAGGUACGAUUAUGUUGAGACGACUUCACCAAUUGCAGAUAUCUUUUUAGAUUUUGCUUAUUAUUUUGAAAGUACGCCUGAGUGAUUCUAGCGGCUGUUUCAGGCUAGAGUGAUUCGGCAAAACGACGCCUUUGGAUGGUUGCUUAUUAUGCGACGUUUGCAUAAACAUGGACGAAAUUAUGGAACAAAAACUUUCGGGUUUCCAAACCAUAUGUCUUGAUUUUUGGAGAAAAAAAAUUAGCAAAAAAAUGUUUAGGAUAGAAUAGAAUUUUUAUUAUAGUUUUGAAUUCAAUUUGACAAUGUAUACUUUUAUAGGAAUGAAUAAAAUAUUGAUAUGUUAUAAAUAAUGGAAUGAAUAAAGGAAUGAAUAAAUAAACGAAUGGAUAAAAUAGGGAUGUAUUUUAUAGGAAUGAAAUAGUGAUGUAUAAAUAAUAAAUAGAUAUUUUACCGACA